UAGAACAGUUUCGGUUGAGUUUGUUGGUCUCUCGCGAAUAUGCUGUAUAGCAUAAAAUACUUACAGAAUCCCCCUUGCGCGUAGAGAAGCUCUAUAUGUACAUGUGUUGAAGAGGUAUACGACGUCAGAUGCCAAGAACACUAUCCUCCAAGAGAGAAAUGAAUGUCAUGGACGGCAGUCUUGCUCUGCAGCGCAGGUAAAAAGAACCUUUUCCUCCGGCUUCUUUCCUCCCCCUAUUCGUUUCGAAAACGUAUUCUGGAUGAAGAGGGUUCUUAUGGCUCGCGUCUACAGAGUGCACAACUACUAAUGUAUGACCGUUCCGUGGUAGGUCGGAUACACUAUUCUACGCAGAGCACUGGACAUGCGAGCGAGAAUGAAAACGCAACAAGAAAGAACGCGGGGAAUAACAUAAACGGUGUGUUUCUCCGCAUCUUCAUCCCUUCUGUAUCUUCUGUAUCCCUGACCUGAUGCAGAGAACACAGAAUGGGAUAAGACCGUGAAAGAGUGGAGUGGCUAGUUGUAGAGGACCGAAAUACGCGCAUAGCACAUCGUUAUACUAAACCAUUUUGUGAAGAAGAAGAGUGGCAUCUAAGUUCUAGGCGAAAGUUCAAGCGAAAUGUGUAUCUCUGAGUGAAAUUCAGCGUAAUAUCUGGUUGUGAAACGAAUAGUGCAUUUAAUAGCGUGAUUUUAAUAGUACCCGGGCCCAUCGAUAGGGAUCAACAGCCGCCAGAAUGUUCGUAGCAAUCAAAUCCUCCUGUGUCAAUCCCAAAAACCUGUUCUGCUUUGUUUGCGGGAGCUACACUGCGUCGCAUCACAAACGCUCAAUCAUGACCAAACCAAUCAUGGAGGCGUACGAGGCCUACUUCGCCACCCGCACUCACAAGGAAGAUUACAUUCAUGGACCGUCCUCGGUGUGCAACGAUUGCAAUCAGGGUUUACUGCGAUGGAAAAACGGUUCAUAUGCAAGGCCUCCGUUGCCCUUCUCCGCGCCAAUGAUUUGGAAAGCACCUAGUAACCAUAUCGACGAUUGCUACUACUGCCUAACGCAGAUCAUGGGAGAUGGAAAGAAGAAGAUGGCAUGCUAUCCUAACAGCAUCCCAUCGGCCAUCCGACCCGUGCCAUGCGAACUAGAUCCAACCCCACUAGCAUCCCCCACUUCUCCACCGCUUGUUGUGAAGAAGACCUCCCAAUUGAUGGAUCCCCAGAAACCACUGCCCACCCAGAAUUGGUCCGUCAGCGUCAAAAAAGUCAAAAUGGACCAACAACAACAGCCCCAACAGCAAAUUCCCACAAUACCCCUGGUGCCACCGCUGCUCCCGAAAUUCACCGUAAACUUCCAGCCACCCUCGGUCAAACCGCACUCCUCGCAGCUCCAACAACAACGACAGCCGGCACCGGCACCAGCACCGGUGGUAAAGCAACAACGCGUACGAGUACGCACUGAAGCCAUGCUGAACCAACAGGUGCACAUUCCACCGUUAAACCUGCAGGUGGCACCGGUGCAAAUGCCAGUGCGGCAGAAUCGACCAAGUUUGCCAAACCGCCAGCACGUCAUGCACACCGCACCGUCGCCGGUUGUAACCAGCAAGCCGUCCGUGGAUAGACGAUCCUUCUGUGAACCACUCACUCCGAUUGUGCAAAUGACUCUCAAAGACGAACCGAUCACAAUCGAAAUUGACGAUGACGAACCCGAAGAACGGAGUAAAACCAUCAACGCAAUGCUUCCACCGCCUCCGGUACCACCAUCAGCGUUGGGCAGGACAAGUGGCGUUCCCAUCCGCCGGAAUGGAGGAUCCCCAUGCUCAAUCAAGCCCAAUGCGAUGGCCGCCAAACCGAAGGCGUUCUCAGUUUCCCUGAAUCACAAUGUGGUAUCGAGUACCAGUGUCAACCCCACCACCACCUUCGCCGCCGCCAUCCCAGCAGUUCCGACAGCUUCCAACGGCUUGGCUGGACCACAUCUGCUGACGGAUUCCGACCUGCUGACGCUGAUUAGUGAUCUCGAUCUGCCCAAGGAGCGGGCCGUGCUGCUGAUCGAUCGGUUGUGUGCGUGGAACCUGGUGGAUAGGCGAUCUAUGCUGCUAGUGGGUGGCAAGCGGCCCAUGCCCGCUUCCCCAGGGGUACCCAUUGGCGGGACCAAUGGUGCCAACAAGCGGUUCAAGUCACAACAGCAACAUCAACUGUGUUAGAUAGAAAUCCAUAUCAUCUCUUCAAACGAACUAAAAAAGGCUGAUGAAAACGUGCGAAAUUAAAUUCCUAAUCUGUUUUAUUUUGCACUAGACGCGUGUGUGAUUUGCGGGUAGGACACGGAAAAGACUACCCAUUCCGAACAGUAUUUUACUUAUACGAUAUUGAAGUGAGGAUCUUAGUAUGUACUUUAUUUUUUUUGAGAUAGGUGUAUACAUUGUAUUCCUACUUGCGAUAAUGUGCCAUGGGCCAGUGCGAAGGCGUGGGCGCAUUUCCACUCAAGAAUGCAAAUAAAUGUUACUGACAACAUUCCAUACUGUAUAGAUAA